UUUUGUUGACUCCUUUGAACCAAACCUAACACAAAACAAAACACCCUCAUCUCCUUUCUCUUAUUCGUUGCCCAAAACCCUUCUUUGUGCAGCGACGCCAUGGAUUUGGACGAGUGGAUCUCUAAGGUCAGAGAUGGACAGCACCUUCUCGAAGAACACCUUCAACUUCUCUGCGAAUACGUUAAAGAGAUCCUUAUUGAGGAGUCCAAUGUGCAGCCAGUGAAUAGUCCAGUGACUGUUUGUGGUGAUAUUCAUGGUCAGUUUCAUGAUCUGAUGAAGCUUUUCCAGACCGGGGGUCAAGUUCCUGAGACAAAUUACAUUUUCAUGGGAGACUUUGUCGAUCGAGGUUACAAUAGUCUUGAAGUUUUUACCAUCCUUUUACUGCUUAAAGCUAGAUACCCAGCUCAUAUUACCCUUUUACGUGGAAAUCAUGAAAGCAGACAAUUAACCCAGGUCUAUGGAUUUUAUGAUGAAUGCCAGAGGAAGUACGGGAAUGCUAAUGCUUGGCGGUAUUGCACAGAUGUUUUCGACUAUCUAACACUUUCUGCAAUUAUAGAUGGAACUGUGCUUUGUGUCCAUGGCGGCCUUUCUCCUGACAUUCGAACAAUUGAUCAGAUAAGGGUCAUUGAACGGAACUGUGAAAUUCCUCAUGAGGGUCCUUUUUGUGAUCUAAUGUGGAGUGAUCCUGAAGAAAUUGAAACAUGGGCAGUCAGUCCCCGUGGAGCAGGUUGGCUAUUUGGAUCAAGGGUCACAACCGAGUUCAAUCACAUAAAUAAUCUUGAUCUUGUUUGUCGAGCGCACCAACUUGUUCAAGAAGGCCUUAAGUAUAUGUUCCAAGAUAAAGGCCUUGUAACUGUUUGGUCUGCACCUAAUUACUGUUACCGAUGUGGAAAUGUGGCUUCUAUUCUCAGUUUCAAUGAAAAUAUGGAAAGAGAAGUUAAAUUUUUCACCGAGACAGAGGAGAACAAUCAGAUGAGAGGGCCAAGGACAGGCGUUCCAUAUUUUUUAUAACUUGGUGCAGUUUUUUUUGAAUUCAUUGUAACAUUAUACUCCAUAACAUCAUAAAAAUUAUUGAUGGAGUAGUAAUAUAGUUAAUACCUUUGAUGAUUGGAGUUUGAUAGUUAUGUAUUAAGGAAGAUCUUGCAGGGUAUGUCUUUUUAAUGUGGAUCUUGUUGACCAAGAGAUUACCAAUGUCCAAUGCAACAAUUUAUCUUUCCACUCA